AUGAGCUCGCCAGAAUCUCAAAAGAAAUUCGUGUACACGAAACGCGAGACUCCUUUUUUUGUUCUUGAUCUGGAGUAUUACAAGGAGGAUGGGGACUUCACCAUCCUCGUCGAAAGCACUCUGUUCAAAGUGCACCGAUUUCUAUUGUCGCGUGACUCUUCAGCAUUUGCCGACAUGUUCAAGGAUGCAGUGGCACCUCGAGUAUCUGGUCGCGACGCGACUGACGAAGGCCCUCUUCUACUGGCUGACUCUUGUGAAGAACUAAGUGCGCUUUGUUGGGCUUUGUACGCACUCCCGACGGAAGUCAUCUUGCAAGAGGAUGAUUCCACCAUCAACAUCCCCAGGUUAGCUAACCUCGCAAUCAUUGCGAACAAGUACCAUUUUGUUUCCUACGAAAGAUGGUCGAUUGCCGCUCUGGUGAAAUGUGCUCAGCGGCAAAGCUUUCGUUUCCUGGAGGCCUCGACGGUCACCCUUCUGCGACAAGUUCUCACCGCUGCAAUCUUAUGCAACGAACCCGCCCUCCAAGAACAGGUAGAAUCCGCAUGGAUCUCUCGUCUUCAAUGGGAUGAAACUAUGUCUACUGCAGACGCUCUCGCAUUUGGAGAGCGGCAUGGUUUGCGAAGAUUCCAAGGGAAGGUUUAUUACGAGGCAUUACUGAAGAUGAAACCUAUCCCUGCGGAAAAUUCCACAGCCUUCGCACGACCAGAAAUUUCUUUGACCUCGUCACAGGCCGAAUGUUUACAACAGGGCUACUUCUCGCUCUCGAACUACCUCAAAAGGCUUCUUUUUGUCAAUCCCCCGCAGAUUGUCAAGUGCCCGGCUUGUCCUGACAUACACCACGCCUCGAUCUGCAAAUUCGAGUGGGAUCAUCAAUGGAGCACUAUAGUCUACCUUUUCAUGCAGAAAGAAGAGACAGUGAACCCUCGGUCGGCUAUCUUAGAAAUGCGAACUAGAACCAAUCAAUGCCCUAGCACCCAUCCAGGUUGCAUACAAGCGUCAGCGGCUGGACUUUCCACGAUUCUCGCUCAUUUGGACGCAACACUACCUGACCAUUUCCUUAGGCCUAUUCCAACAUCGAGAGGUUUAGAGCUUUGUUUGUUCUGGAAGUCAACCUUUUUCCAGAAGUCGUCAUCCUUGCACAAAUCACCAGCGCUUCCGCCAAUUGUGUACACACCCGCAAAGAACAAUUGGCAAUUCGAAGGUGGCCCGAUCGUGUCAUGGGUUCUGGAAGCUUAUCUCGUUGCUAGCAUCCCGACCAGAGGUUUGAGACAAUCCACCGUGGACCACCGACUUACGGUCACAACGAAAUUUUCUCGACGCGGACACUGUCGACCUUCGCCACUGCGGAAUGAAAUGAAAGAGGUGGAUGAAAGGGAUGUUCGUGUCGUGCGAGUGCAGAAGAAUCUCUUCGAGGCGCCCCUUGAGUUUUUUGCUCAGAUGCCUCCGGAGUUCCUCGAGAUCAUCGCCUUUACCUCGGGAAAAGGCAUGUCGGCUGCCGAUCCCAUCGUUUUAUUUUCGCAAGUUCUCGCUAUUUCAGCUGCUUUCACUUUCCGAACUAUCCUGCCACUAUGGCCUCCAAAACCUCAGGAGUUGGUGCUUGGGGGCCUUCUUUACUGUCGUGAAUUGCCAAGAAUCACCUUUGCGAACCGCAUCGCAUUUGGUCGUAUUUCGAAUGAUGAAGUUGGCGUUGACCUUUCGACAUCGACCGUCGGUCUUGUGCAUCCAGGAUCAUAUGGACUUCGACAUCUCCUUGGUCAUGCGUACUAUGCGUAUCUCAUUCACGUCGGACCUCGUAUGCUUGAGGUCUGUGACCCCAGUUUCGAGCACCUUUCGAUGAAGCAAAAGAUGCACCUCCUGGAAGGAUAUCAUUCCCUGUUUGUAUAUUCAAAGCACCUAUACGCAACUGCGCCGAUCCUGGAGCAGGCAAAGGGAUGCAAAUUUCACUCGCGAUGUAUUAGCGCGUGGAAGAUUCGGUGGGGCUCCGCGGCUGAGCAUCCAUCCACGGCGUCUGAUAAUGAUGUCGUCAGUCGGCUCUCGCACAUACGAAAGAUCUUAGAAGAUGACUUCCCCUUGAGCGUAUGCUUGACACCGGAGUGUAGGAUUCUUGCUUUGGAGUCGGUGUCGAAGAAACUGACGGAAUUCACGAGUAAUCUACAUCACCACUUUGACCUCGCGUGA